CGGAUCCCAGUCCCUUUCCGCCGCACACCGCUGUACAGUUACGCGGCGGCCCCCGCGCUCCAGUACCGUUCGAGCGCUCUUAGUGCUCGGACGUGAGACCCAGAAGCGGACCGCGCUCUUACGAGUCGCGUCCGCUCUCCGAGCCAGUGGAUUGUGCAUUGCACGUCCACUCCCCGAGACACGACGCCUGUAUUUCGUACUACGUGCCGUGUAGUACGAAUACAAAGACUACAGUGUAGUGCAGUGCAGUGCAGUGGUAGCAAGUGCGCGCCACGUAACGCCAGAUGCCUUAGGGUCGCGUUCCAAAACCGUGAGGUAAAGUUUUUAGGUACACAUCUCGCCACACCAGGCGAGUCCUUAGGGCCACACACCAACUAGGAACACAUCUCCCUGCCUGAAGGCAGGGAGGAUAGUUAGUUUUGUUUUUGGUUGCGAGUCAGGAUGGACUCGAACCAUUUUGAUCCGGCGCAAUUCAGCGCCUACAUGAAAAGGAAGUUCCCCGAACUUGUACUCGGGUACAUUUCGGACUCUCUAGUCCCGACCAACGCCUCCGAUAUGGAGUGUUCCUCGGCCUCAUCCUCGGCCUCCCUCGCGAGUUCAGAGGCGGGAUCCCGCCCGCACUCGGACAUGGAAGAUGACGGUUUUACGACCGUCAUCUCCAAAUCCAAAAGGAAGAGGUCCUCCAAGGGCUCCUCGACCGCGUCCCCACGCGCCACCUCCCCCCACGCCUCAACCACCGCGACCAACCCCAACGUCCCCACCGCCCCCGCUGCCUCGCGCCCCGAGUCCCCCUCAGGGAACAAAGGCACCCCCGCUCCCGCAUCGCCCGUCGCGAAGCGACCCAAACCCGCCGCGAUCCCCUCACCCACCCCCGCAGGAAAUCCGUCACCGGCCCCCGCCGAGAAUCCAUCCGUUGCCCCCGACACUCCGCCGCGUACUACGGCGCCCCCGCCUCUCUACAUAAGAGAAAAUAAUAAAUGGGAUCAACUUUCCCAAAUAUUCAUCGAAAAAAAGAUCCACUUCACCUCGGCCCGACCGACCAAUAUGGGAAUUAAGGUCCAGGUGUCCACAGCGGUGGACCACCGUCGUAUGACGGCCCUCCUGCGCGAGCGUGGUACGGAAUACCACACUUACGCGCUCGAGGAGGAGCGUCGCCUCACGGUGGUAAUCCGAGGGAUGCCGUGCGAAAUUCCCACGGAUAGCAUAUUAAGUGACCUUAAGUCACAAGGCCUGCCCGCGCAGGCGGUACACCGUAUGUACCGCCCAACAAACAAGCGGCCAUUUAAUAUGGUCCUCGUCCACUUGGACAACACCAAGGAGGCGAAGGCCAUUUUCAACAUUAGAACCGUCUGCUACCUGUCCGGUCUACAGGUAGAACUCCCGCGUGGUCGUGGCAUCCCAGGACAGUGUCAUCGCUGCCAAUGCUACGGUCACUCAGCCCGGUUUUGUAACGCGCGCCCGAGGUGCGUUAAGUGCUUGGGUGAUCACGGAACUACAGACUGCCCGCGCAAGACACCAAUGGAGGAUGUCCCUCCGAGCUGUGUUCUGUGUCAGCAGACGGGCCACCCAGCGAACUAUCGCGGGUGCCCGAAAGCGCCGCGCAGGGCAAAGCGAGGAGGGAAGAAAUCCUCGCACCAGCCGAAGGCUCCUAAAGCCUCUGGAGCUCCGCCCUCUGCCCCUCAGGCCCCAGAAGCCCCUCAGGCCCCCCAGGCACCGACGGUAAAUGCCUGGCAACGCAAGAAAAAUCUCACCGUACCAACCGCGUCCGAAACCGCGCAGCCAUCCGCGUCCGCGCACGCCAAUAAACAAGACAGCGGAGUUACAAACUCGCUGUCAUGUGUUAGCAAAUACUUCGGGGCGUUCGACCCGCCCGAACUAUUAGUGUUCGCAAACAAGCUGAAAGCUUGCGGAAACGACCCCAACGCCAGACUCAGCGCGUUCGUUGAGCACGCGGAAAUGAUAAACGCCAUUUACAACCUCACCAAGUCAUCUUAAAUGUAUAAUUAGUAUAGUUCUGUCCCGCCUCAAAAUGGUAAUGGAAGUGCACCGCAUGUACAGACCUACUAACAAAAAACGUGUCAGGUUUAAAAAUUGGGACCUCCAAACUGUGGCGCGCUUAGACAAUGCCACAGACGUCAAUUGUACGGCCACUGGCAAAGAUUCUGCUAACCACGCCCGUUCCUAAUAAAAUGCCUAGGCGACCGCGCGACGACAGAGUGCAAGAGAUGAAGAAUUUUGCAAGUCUGAUAAACUUCGCGGAGACGCAGAAACUCCCGGUCGAUAUGAUGGCCUCCGAUGGCCACCCUGAGGCCCACGUGUUGGCAAGGGGCCAGUCACCGUCAAUAGUGCCGUCAAUAUUUAUUAGACAAUAUUUAAUUCGCGGUAAACGGCUUGCGGUGGAGACUAGAGCUCAAACACGUAAAGAACGCCUCAGUCACUACAAACAUCCGUUUUAAUAUUAUUUUUUUAUUAAAACAUCAUUAUUAUUUUUUAAUAUUAAUUUUCCCGGAAUAAUCACUCUUAACACGUGGCGUCGUCCACAAAGACUCGUUUGGAUAUCAUUUAUUUACUUGUUUUUACAAUCUUUUUUUUUGGCAACAAAUAAAUAUUUCAUGAUAAAUGGACAGACCAUGUGGUGAAAACGUAAGAAGGAAGUGAAACAAUGAUUGCUUCGAUUGAGGGACAUGUUCCUGUAGUAGAGCUUGAUACUAAUGUAUAGAUUUCAAACAUAUAUACUUUGGACUCUUCAUUGAGCGACUUAGUUUUAAACAAUCAACUAGUAAAGCAGUCUAUCUUAUCUACGCUCUUAUAGUUCACUGAACGACUCUCAUACCUCUCGACGUCACUAACUUCAAUACUGCUACGAGUCACGUUGUGCAAAAAAGUUGUUUUAAAUAAAUUAAAAUGGAUUCUGUUUGAAGCUGUACAUCACAAGAGGUUCUUUGAUAUCAACAGAUACUUAGAACACGUACUGGACGUGUUUAUAGUCAAGACACUCCUUAUAUUGUCUGGAGACUGCUACAGAUGAUACUUCAAAUCUUCUCUAGUCUAAGAUGUUACGAAAACCAUUCAUUCUCCUCUUCAUAUAAUGUGUACCUCACCGUCUCUAACGUAUCGUCUCGUGUUAUGACACGCUGAUGCUUCACUGUCGGUACCCACCUAACACUUGGUGACCAGCCGUCACCUCCCGAUGGAUACGACUGACACCACCUGUAACACAUUAUACGAUAUUGUUCUUAUAUAAAGACAUACAGAGACAGUUACUUCAGGGAUUGGUUUCAAAUAAAUUCAUAAAAGCAAAAAAAAAAAAAAAACAAAAACACUUUUAUAAAAUAGCAAACUGAAAAGUAGUAAGAAAUUAAUUUAGUGUUUAAAUUCGUGGAGUUCUAAAUAUUACUAUUCCAUUGAUUAAGGCAUAUGGGGCGAGUGUGCACUGCGGGUCUAUGUGGGACAUGUGAGCAAUUCCAUUCCGCUUUAGGCUGAAGCACAUAAUUACGUGUUCUUUUCCACAGUGCACGCUCGCCUCUCAUGACUAGACGUCUAUAAGUGUACCGUUCAAUCUACAAGUGUAUUACAAUAGCCAGAAGAUGGCAAUCAUCUGUGUAGGGUAACCGAGAUUAGAGACCUCGGGGUAACCCUUGAUCAGGGACUUGCAUUUGGAAGACACGUUGAGAGUAUUGUUGCGGGGGCACACCAAAUGUUAGGUUUCAUCUUGCGUCGAGGUAUUGAUUUAAAAAAUAUAUUAACUUUUGAUUUACUUUAUAAGUCUCGUUAGAUCCAAGUAGAAUCUGCUUCAUUGAACCGGAAAAUUUACUGAACAAAAUUCUCGUCCAACAUCAAGUCUAAAUCAGACUUUGUGUUCCAUUUCGUAGAACAAAUUAUUUGCAGCCUUGAAAUUUUUUAAUCCGAAUAUCUCUAAUUUUAUUUGCAGUUUAAAACAAUCCUUAAUAAUAAAAUAUAAAAUAAGAUUCAGAUGUACUUUUCAU